AGAUGCAGGCUAGAAUUGAUGCAGAAAGGAAGAGAGUUGAAGAAGCAAAAGUGGCAUCUUUGGAAGCUAAAAGGAGAGCACAAAAAGAAGAAGCAGAAAGGGUUGCUUCUGAAAAUUCAAGAAAGGUAGCUGCUGCUACAGUGGCUUCAAAGGUUGCUGUAGAGCAAUCCAAGGGAUCUGGAUCUGAUGGACUGAAGACUACACAAUCAACAGGAAGUAUACUCAAGGUGACAGAAGGUGCUGUAAAAUUGGAGGAGAGAAGAUUACAGAUUUAUAAGGAACUAGCUGCAGAAAAUGCGGCACUGGGAUUGAGUUCUAAUAAGGAAUUUCACAGCCAUGGAAUGCAAAUAGCUAGAAGGAUCAAAACGAUAAGCGGGACAAAGGAAAAUGUUAGUUCAAAAGCGCAUGAUUUGAUUAAGCUCUGCCUCAAUUCACCUAUUCCCCAAUCCAUCAGUGUUGCAUUGUUUGCAGAGAAGGUUGUCUCCUUUUGUGUAAACCCUUCUGGAAGCUUCAGUAAUGCUGCUUUUGCCUAUGCUCGUGUCAUUGUUCUGGUUACGUCACAGGUCCCUCUUGCCAUGGAUAUUCUUCUUGCGGAGUUGAAUAAAGCCUGCAUCUACACUGUCCCAAAGUAUAUAAGUUACUCGGAGUCAGCAUUUGAAACAAAAGAAGCUUACUACAAAGCCAUUGGAUAUCAAGAAGAAGAUGGAAAACUGGAGAGCACUGAUAGUUAUGUAGAACGGCUGAGCUCACACAUGAAACUGUAUGGUGCUCUAGUUCAGACUGAAUUUGAGGGUGUUCAAAACCAGCAUGGCCUUAAAGAAGGUUGGGCAUGGUGUGCCAGAUUCUUAAAUGCUCUCCCAGCAAAUCUAUAUACUGCAGUUGCUCUGCACUCAUUCCUCGAAAUGGCAGGGUUUACCCUUUACAGAAGAUAUAAAAUUCAGUUCAAGAAGUUACUGGAUAUCAUUUCUCGUGACUUUCUAAGUGCUCUGAGAGAACGAGGAGAUCCAAAGCUGAACAAGAGCAUCAUAAAUAUUGAAUCUUACAUAGAGUCCAAUCAAUUCCUUAAAGAACCGGAAGGAUGGCGCCUGCGGAGUUCUUUGCUGUCCCAUACUUUUGUUCCUGAAUGAUAGCACACGAUUGAAAGGGUUUGGGUUUUCCUACUAACUGUUGCCAGCUGAUGUUGUAACUCCACUCACAGUAAAAGAAUGAAUUCAUGAUAAAUAAUGGUGGUUGCCAGACUUUAUUAUGUUCUUGACUCUAGUUUAUAAUCAAAAGAAAUGCAUA